AUGCAGGAACACGAGACCUAUAUUGGGGAAUUGGACGUGGACAUGAGCCAGAUCGCCAUCAAGAUGCCCUUCAACAACGCGGCGCUGGUUUCCGGAACCAUUGUCAACGUGGAGGUCGCGUUCAGUGGGCUGGACCAGCAUCUUCUGGGUCUGGAUCUGUACGAGGUCAAGGACGGCAGCGUGGUGAACAACCAGUCCAGCUUGUUGAGUUCUUCAAAGAACUUUGUGAGCUCCGACUCGUUGGUGGUCCAUUCGUACGGUCUGGGUGUUGGCCCCAGCAACGCCGGGUCGUCGAGCGGUUUCAUUUUUGAAGGCAUGCUCGACACCAGGUUCUUGAGAUUCUCUGUCACGUGGUUGGCCGGUUGGAACCGUUUGAUUUGUUCUGUUGACGGCAAGUUGACGGGCUCGUUGCCGGUGAAGUUGGAGUAUCUGAUGCGGAUCACUGCGGCGGCGAGCAGAUCAAAGAUGUCGCGGCAUUGCACCGCAGCGUCACAUUUGCCUGAAAGACCAGAUAACACAAUGUUGCAGUACAUGGCUGCCGUUUGCACCUCUUCCAGACUGAUUCUCUGUCUCACUUGCUCACAGUUGAAGAUGGUGUACAAGAACGACGAGCCGGCCAUGAACAGAUUGUGUGUUGCGGCCCAUGUGUAG